CCGUAACCAACCAGCGAAAUGUCCUAGAAAUAAACAAUUGGUGGUUGCACUUGUUUAGGGUGUGAACUAUUGUGUAUUAAAAAUCUUAACGUGAGUAUAAUGAAAUGUGGCUGCAGUUCUACCUCUUUCCACCUGAGAGUGCUCUUAGCUCAAACACAGCUGGGGUAGUCAAAUUUGCUGAAGGGAAAGUAAGCAACGGUGAUUCUACAGUCAAAGUAGGCGGUUGACUCGACAUCCACUUCCGAGGAGUUUGACCUCUGACCUCCAGUAGAGAGGCGUGGCCUGGAGCUGAAGACAGAUCCGGACAGCUGAUGGACAAACAUCUUUGUCGGCUGCAGACGCACUGUGCUGGGAGCUGAGAGACAUGGACCCGGACAAGAUGUUUCAUCCCAGCCUCGCAGCGGCGCUCAUGAAGCUGGAUCCUGAAGACGGCGAGAAAAUGGUGGAAUAUUUUCAAACUCACGCUCUGCUCACCAGAGAGAAAGCUUUGUUGCAGUCAUCUGUGCGUGAGCAGAAGAAGCUGAUGGUGGAAAAUGGUAAACUGAAGAAAGACAUCGAGCAGCUGCGACUUCAGCUUCAGGACAAACAAAGAAGACGUGUUGCGAAGGCCCUCUUGUCAAACCACACCCCCGACACACCUGUCAAUCAACCUCCCUCAUUUGCGGAGGACACAGCUGCAUCCCCAUCCCCCUCGGGCGCUUUGGAGCAGGUGGGCAAGUCGACUCGCAGGCGGAGAGGAGACAGGAGAGCUCUUCCUGCUGGUCCACCCGUGGAGGCGGAUCUUCCACUUGACGUAUCUUGCCUUGACCUGCGAGUUGGGCGGAUCCUAAGAGUUGACUGCCACCCAUUGGCAGACAAUCUGACCAUACAGGAAGUAGACGUGGGAGAGAAAGUCCCCCGCACGGUGGUCAGCAAGCUAGCAAGAAAGGAUCUCAACGGUGCUCUUGCUGUGUUGCUAUGCAACAUAAAGGCCUGCAAACUGAAGGGCGUGGCUUCGCAGGCUCGAAUUCUGUGGUGCUUUCAGUCCGACCACGGUGUUGAGCUAUUGGCCCCACCCACAAGCUCCAUCCCUGGAGACAGAGUCACCUGCCUGGACUUUCCCGGUGAGCCUGACCAAGAGCUGCGGCCUAAACAGAGAGUGUGGGAGCGCAUUCAGCCCGGCCUGCAGGUGGAUGCCAGGGGUGUGGCCAACUACAAGGGGUGUGGCUUCCAGGUGAAGGGGAAGGGACUGUGCAGGGCACCGUCCUUUACCAAUUGCACCAUUGGAUAGACAGAGAAAAUAAACGUAUCAAACUACUGUCCCGACCAUGUUUGCCUUAACGUAAUCAAUGUGAUGGAACCAAUGUUUAAACGUUAAUCAACAAGAAACCCUUAAGAAAAUCGUUCCUCAGUUUUAUGUUGCUUUCACGACGCUACAGUAAACCUCGGAUA